UAUAUAAAGCCUUCAGUCCCUCUCUGAAGGGGGAGUCAUCCAGAGCUGUAGGACAGGAGGAGCUUUGCACAAGCCUUGCACAUACACAGAGAAAGAGGAGAAAGAGAUUGUAUUCCUGCAAAACCAACAGACCUAUCAGCAUUUUAGUGAAGAAAAGUAAAGAAUCCCUCUGGAGUCAAAUCCAAUGAAGCUGAUGAUGAAUGAGACGUGUCUGGCUGUGGACGUGCUGCUCUUGUGCCUGUGGUGUGGAGUAUGUGGAGCGUACGCCCUGAACUCCACCGCGGCUCCCUCGCUGACUCCGGCCGGCCUCGGCGCACCCUUGGCCGCCUCGGACACGGCGCUUUUCCCGCGCGGCAGAAAGAGGCGCGCCAUCUCCCAGGAGGACAUGCUAGCCAUCCUGCACUACCACAACAAAGUCCGCGGAAAGGUUUUCCCUCCUGCUUCUAACAUGGAGUACAUGGUUUGGGAUGAAACCCUGGCCAAGAGAGCAGAGCAGUGGGCCGCGACGUGUCUUUGGGAGCACGGACCUCAGAACCUUCUCAGGUUUUUGGGGCAGAACCUUUCUGUUCGAACCGGAAGGUACAGAUCCAUUCUGCAGCUGGUGAAGCCUUGGUAUGAUGAAGUGAAAGACUACUCCUUCCCCUACCCUCGUGACUGCAACCCCAGAUGUCCUCUGAAAUGCUACGGGCCCAUGUGCACGCAUUACACUCAAAUGGUGUGGGCAACAUCAAAUAAAAUUGGAUGCGCCAUCCAUACAUGUCAUAAUAUGAACGUGUGGGGUGCGGUAUGGAAAAGAGCGACAUAUUUGGUGUGCAACUAUUCACCAAAGGGUAACUGGAUUGGUGAAGCUCCAUAUAAAGUUGGCGUGCCAUGCUCCAUGUGCCCCCCCAGCUAUGGAGGGUCGUGCAGCAAUAACAUGUGUGUCCCUGCUGUGAACUCAAACUACCUGCACUGGUUCAAAUAA